AUGGAGUUCCUGGGGACCGCGCAGCUAGCCAGUUACUGUGGCACAAAGAAGAGCUGCCUGUUCCCGGAUCUGGCUCCCACUAGCACCACCAAGGACACCUAUCAGUCCUACUACCUACCAGGCUACCGCUACCUCAGCUCCUGGAGGCCCAGUCUGCUUCACAAAGUGGUUUCAGUCCCUCCUGGCUCUAACGAGCAAUUUAAUCCCACUGGACGGCCGCCCACUGUUCUGCCUGCAUUACGCUCUGCCCUGCAUGCCCGCUACAGCACCCGUGACUGGCACCAGGAGAACACGGUUCAAUUAAAAGGCUCUGAAGCCUCCAGGUGCUGUGCUGGUAGACUGAACGCUGAUUCAAUGAGACUGAUACAAGAUAAGGAUCAACUGACUUAUCAGAUGCAAGAAGACAGUAGAAGAAACCUGGGAGAGAGGAUCUCCAGCAUUGAUUUCUGGAGAUCUGAGCUCACCUAUGAGCUAGAGUGUCUGCUGAAAGAGACUCAAGCUUUGGAAACAGCAAAGAACCGGCUCAAAUGUGCUGCAGAUGAAAUGCAAGGACCACUGAAGAUAGCCCUAGAAUGCUUGUACCACCGUGAGAAGCGGACGGGUAUAGACUUAGUUCAUGACGAUGUGGAAAAGAACCUCAUGAAGGAAGUUGAUGUAUUCAAGGACUGCCAAGAAAUAUUGACAAAAAUUGCACAGAAAAUCAGUCAACAGCUGGGCAUCAUCAGAGAUGUGCAGCAUGCCCUGGAGCAGGAUCUUUCUGACAAAAACUCAGCCCAUUUUAUUGAUGAGAAGUGCUUUAACCUCAGGAACACAUCAGACAGCAUCAACUUUUACCAUGGAGUGGAAAAAGCAGAUGGAUCUGUUUCAGUUCCUGCAACAUGGGCUAAAUUCAGUGAGUACAAUAUCAGGUGCUCUCAACAUGCAAGGGCCAACUCUGUCAAGCUCCGAGAGGAUGCAGAGGUUGGACUGGAGAGCACAUCUGAGGAGAUGUGGAAUCAUUUCAUCAGUACAAACCUGGCCUUUAAUAAUCGUAUUGCUGAAGUAGCUGAUGCAAAGAACAAACUCCAAGCACAACUGGCCAAGAUACUUCAGGAAAUCUUCCAGACAGAAGAUACAAUCCUGUUACUGGAGAGAUCCAUAAAGGCAAAGGAGUACCCACUGAAAGUGGCGCAGACCCGCCUGGAGGGAAGAACUAGACGACCCAAUAUAGAACUUUGCCGUGAUGCACCUCAGUUUCAGCUUGUCACUGAAGUUUACACUAUAGAUAACACCUUACAGACCUUAAAGCAACGUCUGCAAGAAGCCCAUGAUACUCUGCAGAUGCUGAUCCUCAACAAAUCAAAGCUGGAACAUGAAAUUUCUGUGAAGGCAAACUCUUUCUUCAUUGACAAGAAGUGUAUGGACAUGCGCAAAGUCUUCCCCAGCACCCCACGGCUCAUUGGUUACACUUGAAUAGUAACCUUUGAUAUCUUAGCGCAUGAUAUAAAAGUUGCAAAGGUUACAAAUAUCUCCUGAAGGAAAUAAUUAUUAUUCUGUUUCCUCAAAUAAUGAAGUCCUAUAGAAAUAAACUAAUGAAAAUUAA